CAAACUGGGAUAUUAGUCUAUUCUCCCAUUCAAAACCAUACUGUGCUGUGAUGAGGUCUAUGGAUACCCUUACUGAUACUGUUCAUGGACGUUGGAAUCGAGUAACAUGUACAUCAUUAAGACGACUUAUCUGUCAAAUGGCACUAGUGAGAAUAAACAGGACAGAUGAGGCGAUUCCGCAGGGAGUGUUAGAAGUCUAUUCUGGUCGUUGGGGUUCUAUCUGCCUUGAUCAUAGUAUCACGGAAAGCGAUGGACAUGUCUUGUGCAGGACGAUAGAUUAUCCAGGACUUGUUUCUUGGCAUGGAAUCAGUGCAAGGAAUGACAUUUCAAUCUCCGACGUUGCACUGAAUUGCACCGGCUCCGAAAAAAGCAUCAACGAUUGUAAAUACAGUACGGAUGUUACCAAUUGUACCAGUGUUUUAUAUAUUCGUUGUCAGCCCGCAGUUCGGUUGGUUGACGAUGACUGUUCAUCAAGAGGAAGACUGGAAGUCUAUAGCUAUGGCUCUUGGGGACCAGUUUGUGAUGAGGAUUUUACAAUGGAAGAAGCAACCCUCGUCUGCCAAAUGCUCGGAUUAGGCUUCGAAGAUUUCCUGUCCGGGGGCCAGUCGGUAUCCCUAGGAUCCUCUCAUCCCUUGAUAUUGAACAAUCCACGUUGCACAAAUAAGGACACAGAUAUCAGGAGCUGCCUUCAAGAUGGAAAUAUAACCUGCAGUACAUACGCCGCAGUCAGAUGCACAGAUCCCCUGAAUGAAUGCUCAUCGGAACCAAAUGUAGAUUUUUCAUUCUCCUGGAGUUCCAGUGCGGAUAUCAGGUCUCCACAACAGUCACCAGCACCUGACUUUAGUACAUCCAAUGACCUUUCAAUCACCUGGAGUUCUGGUGAAGAUUUCAGUUCUCCACAAAAGUCUUCAGCAUCUGUCACUACUCCGAUAGCCCAGUCAGUUCCAUCAUCUAUGGAAUCUCGAAGUACUCAUGCAAGCAAUUUUGAUGACCAUUCAAUCAGCUGGAGUUCUGGUGAAGAUUUCAGUUCUCCACAACAGUCUUCAGCAUCUGUCACUACUCCGAUAGCCCAGUCAGUUCCAUCAUCUAUGGAAUCUCGAAGUACUCAUGCAAGCAAUUUUUAUGUGCGACUGGUCAACGGAAGUACUCCAAACGAAGGGAGAGUCGAGGUCUUCGCAAACGGAAAAUGGGGUACUGUAUGUGACGACAGUUGGGAUAAUACUGAUGCUACAGUUGUUUGUCAAAGUCUUGGAUUGGGCCCUGGCACGGCAUAUGGAUACGCUUACUUCGGACAAGGGUCAGGUGAUAUCCUCCUGGAUGAUGUAUUGUGCACUGGAAAUGAAACUAAUCUCCUUGAAUGUCCUAAUCUUGGAAUCGACGUUCAUAACUGUGGACACGAUGAAGAUGCCGGGGUCGUCUGUUCAACAGGCGAAACCAUCGACAUCGACAACAAAAUGCCCGCGACAGACAGCAUCCUCACCGACGAUGAGGACAUGGUGGAAGGGAGCGGUUCCGGCGGCGGCGGUGAAGGUUCUCCAGACCAGGCGGUUGAUCCGACGUGUGCUAAUUGGCCAUGUGAAAACGGGGGAACGUGUUACAUGGUACAGGAAACCCCCAUGUGCACCUGCACACUGGGAUGGCAAGGGGGAAUGUGCACGGAAGGCGAAACCGUCGACAUCGACAGCGAGAUGCCCACGACGUACGGCAUCCUCACCGACGACGAGGACAUGGUGGAAGGGAGCGGUUCCGGCGACGGAGACUACGGCAGGGAAGGUCCUCCAGACCCGGCGGCUUAUAUGACGUGUUAUAAUUGGCCGUGUGAGAACGAGGGAACGUGUUACAUGGUACGGGAAUCCCCCAUGUGCACCUGUAAACUGGGAUGGCAAGGGGUGAUGUGCACCGAUGCUACAAAUAAGGAACCCAUCAACGAAGCAAUCAAUGAGAUAGUGAAUAAAACAAUCACAACUGAAAAUAUAGAAGGAAUAUCAGAAGUAUUGGCAAAUAUCACAGAAACGUCACCUGGAUUCGAUGAAGAAGCUUUGCAGUCCGUCUCUGCCAAAUUGGCCAGUAUUGCUGGAUUUGCAUCAGACCAGAACUUAACUGAAGAUACCGUUGUGCAAGUAUCGGGAAGUGUGAUAGAAACAGUGGAUAAUAUCUUAAAUCUAGAAGAUGAUACCUUCGAGACAACGGGCGCCCAAGAAACUUCAAAGAACAUACUGUCGACUAUAUCUACAAUUACCGAAGCUAUUCAAAAAACAUCUACCAAAAAUUUCACGUACAGCGGAUCAAACAUUGUACUAGCUGCCGUCAAAGUAGACAGGGCCAGUUUUCCACUCAGGACAGCCAUUGGUGGAGACGGGAAUGACGUAGUGGAUAUUUCAACCAAUGAUCAGAAUCAUGAUAAUAUGGACGACGUAGCGUCCGUUCUACUACCGGAAGCAAUUCUGCAUUCAUUACCAGAUGAAAGUGGGGCCGUAUCCGUUAGUGUCUUUCUUAUGACGUCACCCAAGCUCUUCCAGGGUGACGACACGUCGUCAUCAUUUUCUCCGUCGUUAAGAGGCAAGGAGAAUCAGCAGCUUGAGACAAUGUCGGUCGUUGCUUCCCCUGUCCUGAGUGUGACCGUUGAGGGUGCUGAGAUCAAAGAACUUCCUAACAGUGAAGCAAUUGUCUUUAAAUUUCCAGUCAGAAUGAGUUUGGCUGAAGAAUUUAAUGACCCCGAGAUCCGUGAAAACUGUGUUUAUUGGAACAUCGAAUUGACAAAAUGGUCAAAAGAAGGGUGUAGAACUGACAGCACUAAUACUACCUUUACAAGCAUGGUGACAUGUCGGUGUAAUCAUCUCACAAGCUUCGCUGUUCUAUUGGAUAUCAAGGGAAAUGUUGAAUCUCGAGUAAUUGAUCUGAUCAGUCGCAUUGGUUGCAUUGCUUCUAUUAUCUGUCUAAUUCUCACACUUUGUAUUCUUCUAGGUUUUAGAAAACUGCGGAGGAAGCAGCCACAACAGAUCCUUAUCAAUCUGACGUUUGCCCUUCUUGCCCUUUACGUCACAUUUGUGAUUGGUAUUGAUCGUCCUAACUGGAAGAGGGGGUGCAUGAUAGUUGCUAUCCUGCUUCACUACUUCUGUCUUGCAUCCCUCUCAUGGAUGGGCGUCGAAGCAUUCAGUAUGUACAUGUCCUUCGUCAGGGUUAUGGACACCUACAUCCCAAAGCUAAUCUUCAAGUGUUGUCUCGUCGGGUGGGGCUUCCCCAUGGCAGUGGUCAUACCAACAGUUGCCAGUAAAUGGACUGCAUACCAAAAUCUUAAAUAUUGCUUCAUUUCACCUGGACACUCGUUAUACUUUGGGAUGAUUCUUCCAAUUGGUGUAAUCCUGGCCUUCAAUAGCAUCAUCUUUACUAUCGUCAUCUACAAGCUAACCUGUGGAAGAAAGGCCUUCGCUGCUACAAACACCAGGAUGUCUAAGCAAGAAACCAUGGCGAAGGCCAGGGAAGAAGCAAUCCGUCGGGCUCAAAACGUUGUUGCAAUCGGGACGCUGCUUGGUCUCACAUGGUCAUUUGGCUUCCUGGCUGUAGGUAAUGGUCGCGUGGCAUUCAAUGCCCUGUUCGCCAUAUUCAAUUCUCUUCAAGGAGUCUUUGUCUUCUUUCUCUUUGGUAUUAGACAGCCGGAAGUGAGUGACAAACUGAGGGCCACUCGGAUGCGUUUGUUGCAUGGUGUUAGAUCAGCGCGUAGAGGUUCCGAUUUCUGGAGCUCAUCUUUUGACGGGCGCACUACCUCUCGGCCAUCUGUCGUCUCCUUCGUCUCCCAGGCUCCCAGAUCUACCAAUGAACCACAGCAUGCGAUACGCCCAGAACAAGGGCCUGCUGUAAAUUCUGAGACAUGUGAUACUUUUUUGUAGAUUACGAUGGAUGAGCUACAUGUAGGCUCGUCGAAAAUCGGGUCUAUUAUCACUAUUAUUACGUAUUUUCAUUCCAAUUGAUUCCCGACUCCAGCGGAGAUACAUUUGAUGUCAACAUUAAGCAAAGCAGUGUACAGUCAGGAAUCCAACAGCAAACUUCCAACCCGGGGGGGGGGCACUCGACCAAAAAAGUGGUAGGGGUGUGCCGCGGGCGAGACAAAAAACGGGGGCCUUGGAGCGGGCUUAUUAUAAAAAGGAGGGUCCUCGGAACGGGCUUCGGAACUACAAUUUUGUGAAAACGGGGGUCCUUGGAACGGAUCGCCAGCGUGCGAGUACGUGCGUAUGUACCCCUAUGGAACGGGCAUGCGUGCAUGAUGCAGCUAUACACGGCCUCCGCUGGGUGCGCUAGCGCAGAGACGAUGGUCGGACAGCGCUCGGCGGCCGCUUUUCACCAAAAUUGCAGCAGAUCAAUGCGACCGGAACGGCGUAACGAAAAAUAUGCGAAGCUUUGGAGCGGAUUUCUUUUUUUUUUCUCGAUAAGAACAAAGUGCUAUGCCUUGGAGCGGCUUUCUUUGUUUUUUGUCUCGAUAAGACAAAAAUGCUAUGCCUCGGAACGAAAAUUUGAGUGUGAAAAUGGGGGUCCCCUCCGCGGCACAUACCCACUAUGCAUUAUAUACUGAGUGCCCCCCCCCCCCGGGACUUCCAACCAAAUUCCAACUCGGCUGUUCUACAAAUUCAACAAAACGUACUCAACGAGAUACCGUGCAGAUACGUGUACUUGUUAAUGAUGCUUACAGUUCACUGAUGAAUGUGAUACAGCACGACCCUUUUCUGGUCAGUGGUCAAAGUCUCUUAUUGUUUAUUUCUUCUUCUUUUUUUAGCACAUGUAGCUUGACUUUGAAGACCGAGUCCGGUCUUGUCAAUUUAUCUGGAAUUCAAGCUCACUGGUGUAAUGUCCGCUAGAUUAAUUCUUUGAUUUGGGCCGAGUUGAAACAUCAGGCUUAGAUCUACUACAAUGGUAUAAACAGGGGCGGCUGGAUGGUAGCCUAGCUAUUGUACAGAUUGCUCUUGUUGUUGAUCUAGGUCUUUGUGUCGAACCAGAUCCAGGACCCAAUGCAGAUAUGUGAUGAUUGUGACCCGUAACAUCAGGUGCAGAAUAAUUGUCCCUAUAUGUAGCAUUGGGAUAAGAUAAUAGCAUUAUACCCCUUUCAUAAACCUAUCAUCCAAUUAGCCGCCUAAUAGUAAUGCGGAUAAUUCAAUAAAAAUUGCGUUCACAAACUCUGAAAAUUAUCCGCAUUAUUUUUACGAGCGCCCGUCCUGAAAAAGGCGGAUAAUCGUCAUGACAACUGGACACGCCCCCUCCGAUGCGGUUGUGUUGGAAAAGGGUGACCUUGUGACCGCACCAUGGCAAUUAUCCGCAUUAUUUGGAAAUGCGUUCAUAAACUCAAAAUCUUGUCCCGAUGCUGCUAUUAUGCGGAUAAUAGCAGCAUCAAAAUAAUGCGGAUAACUCUGGUCCUCCUCCAAUUUUACGACCAAAUUAUGCUGCUAUUAGCCGCAUAAUUGGGUUUAUGAAAGGGGUAUUAGAGGAUAGCUACCCUGAUAUUACCUUUGUGUCUCGAUAUACCAUCAAAGGGUGUAUCCCGACAUAGCUUUCCUAUUUUUCCGUUAUGUUAGUGACUGCACACAACUGUUAAGUCAGCUACUCGAAAUUUAACAAAUAAGAACCGAUCCGGUAGGCUUUAGAAGUAGCAAUGGGCAGACAAUUAUUUUCUUAUGGUUGGGUGAUCAUCAUGAAAUAAUAAAAAUACAUAUCUUCACCCUUAAUGUAAAUUAAGAGAGGUACCACAAACAUUUAGCCAUCUAAUUUAGAGGAAAAUUAUCACUUUUAACAGUUGGUUUUAUUUAUCAUGUUUUUUUCUUCAAUCGAUGUGACUAUCUGUGACAGGUUUUCAAAUUCCCACGCUUUAACGAACCGAUGAAUUGUUUUACUUAUGUAAUUUCGGUUGCUUUGCGUGCUGGUAUAUAAUAUAAGUGUUAAACAACGUAAAUAUUUUACGUAUUGUUACCUGUGGUAUUGUUUAAAUAAAUACUAACACUAAUCAAAAAUUCCAUGAUCAUCAUGAAUCUGACACUUGUACUGUGUUUUUAGAUCAUUGUUUUUGUGUGUAGCCGAUUUUUAAGAAAAUGGCGUAGCGCCGCCGUUGAAAAUGUACUAUAGGCCUACUGUUUAAUAAACAAAAGAUUUUACAGAGUAGGGAUAAAAACAUAAGUAAUUACAUACAAAAAUAACCGAAUCAUUCUGUAAAUUGUUAUAACAGGAAAAUGUAUGUAAUCUUAUCGGAGCAGGUAUAUUAUUAACAUGGGAGAAAGUUUUAGUACAUUAGAUUUGUAAGGUUUAAUACACCUACACUGUAAAAAAUGUGGUGUUAAAACUGACACCAGUGGGUGUUAAUAGAGGACCACACCCUCUGGUGUUAAAAUUACACCCUAGAGAUUGAAUAUAACACCAAAGAGUGUACAUGUAACAUCCAAAGGUGUUGCAAUAACACCUAUAGGUGCUAAACAAACACUGUCAACUUAAAACCGGUGUAAAAUCACUGGUGUGGUCCUCUAUGUACACCGGUUAACAGUUUUUACUGUGUAUAUUUGCACAAUGCAUGUAAGAAUGCACAGGAUUGCAGGUUUUUUCGAAACUCUGCUGCAGGAUUAUUAUUUAUUUUUGAAAAAAAAUUUCUAACGGUGUACAAUGUAUGUUUAUGUCUGCUUGGUGCAACUGAUAUGACAAUCACUGAUAUGGCAGUCACAUUUCUGACAUAUAUUCUAGUCAGAAAUAACUCUGUUAUCGUAAAAUACGACUAGAAAAUAGUAAAAAUAUGACUAGAAUAACAGUUGCACCCAGCUGACCCUAUUAACCUCAUUUUUGACUGAUUUUUUUAGAGUGUAUAGGUCAUAACAAACUUAAUGAUGUCAUUCGAUUUGGUGAGAGAAAAAAAUAUUCGUCAUAGAAUUGAUAUGUUGUUGCGUUGCACGACCAUUUAUCCAAGGUAGAGGUAUAAUCGUGAAUAAAUCCCAUAAGUUUGAUGAAUAAAAAAGCAGACCAGUGUACGUUGAGCGUCUAUCUUUACACUGUAAAAAAUACUGGGUAAAAGUUUUACCACCCUCAUUGAACACUUUUACCCAAUAUUAACCAUGUUGGGCAAAAAAGCCAAUUUUUUAACCAUCACUGGGAAAUACUGUCAACACAACUGUUGGUUAAAAUAUGUCCAAAUUAGGUAAUAAAACUAAUAAUCGGGUAAUACAUUAGCUCGAUUGGACAAUAAUUGCCCAGAAUAUCUAUAUGUAUUUACCAACAUACAUUACCCAACACAUUGGACAGUAUGUUGCCCAACAUUUAAAGUGUUUAUAUUAUUGUUAUCAUGUAUCACGUUAAUAAAAGUUCGAUUCUAAAUUGUAACACAAAAUUGUAUUUUAUGUAUUUCAUGUUGUAUACAUUAUCAUGCUUGGUAUCUUUUUUAGAGCAAAAUGAACUUGAACAAUACAUAAAAUUUGAAGUAGAGUAAACACAACUUAAAUAUUUCAAUAAAUAUAUUACAAAUGGUGUUA